AUGUCUCCGACGCACCAAGCCUCCGCGCAUGGUGACGACCAUGUCGACAGCGCUGAUUAUUUUACCAGAGCUUUUGAGGCACAACCUGGAGUGAAAGAACAGGAUGCCACUCUUGCGACGCCCAAGCCCUUCGCCGACGCCUGGAGAUUCACCCCGUCUCUCAUGGAUCCCAACUCUUAUGCCUUCUCCGCUUUCGCCAACCAGCCUCCGGGUUACUAUACUCCCACCCCGGGAGGGUUUGGGACUCUCUACCAUCCUCAGGCCGGCGACCUCCACACGCCCGGAAUGGGGAUGAAUACGCCUCUCUCUCUUCCGCACUCGGUCCACGGACUUCACGCUCAGGAUCAACUCAUGCAUCUCAAUCACUUCAACCCGCAUCUUCUGCACCAACCGCAUCCAUACCAGGAUCUCUUUCAACACCAGCAAGCUCCCAUCCAUGUCCCAACCCAGCAACAGCAGACUUUUGCUCCUCAGCAGUUCCUGCAACAUCAGGACUCCGGGUAUGUCGCGAUGGACGAUACUCCUCAUAAGACAACCCCGACACAGGCCGAGCUGGGCGUCGAGCAACAAUCCUUGAACCAGCCGAUUCAGCAGUCUAUGUCUGGGAGUAUUGGCAUGACCAAUUUGCCGAUUGGGGAGAAAUUCCGCUUCCACACAACGUUGAGUGCACCUACGGCAAUGGUGCGGCAUUCAGACGAGAUCCCGAUCACGUACCUCAACAAAGGCCAAGCUUACACCAUGUCUAUAUGGGAUACCCUGCCUCCCAUGUCGCAGAACACCCCUCACAAGUACCGGACCUACGUCCGUGUUUCCUUUGAAGACGAACAGCAGAGAGCUCGACCCGGUGCGUGUUGGCAGCUCUGGAAAGAAGGACGGGGCUCGAAUGAGGCCCACCAGCGAGGUGGUAGACUUUUGGCGGUAGAAUAUGUGGAACCUAACCAGGGUGGAGAUGAUGAUUUGCGAAAACCUCAAAUCCAACUUGAAAAGGCGUCAUUCGACGGCUUUGCGGUAACGUGGUACCCGAGUGCUGUCAAUGGAGGCCCGGACUGCUCGAUCUCGAUCCGCUUCAACUUCCUAUCCACCGACUUCAGCCACUCGAAAGGCGUCAAAGGCAUUCCCGUUCGACUUUGUGCCAAGACGGAGUUGCUUACUGCUGAACCGACGGCCAGCAACCAACCAGAAGUAUGCUACUCCAAGGUAAAGCUCUUCCGUGAUCAUGGCGCAGAGCGGAAGCUUUCCAACGAUGUGGCGCACGUGAAGAAGACGAUCGACAAGCUCAAACAGCAGAUUGCUCAAGCCGAGGCAGGCCUGGGAAGCGCUGGGAAGAGGAGAAGAAGCGGCUCGAUCGCAAAGGCACCGUCAUCUAGGCCGGGCAAAGUAUUGAAGCAUAAACGGACUUGGUCUGUCGACUCCGAGGCUGAAGGUAUGAAAUUCUCGGCCGAGGAGGACAUGCAGAUGAAGCUCGUGAGCAUGCAAGAUAUGUUCUCCUCGACGCGGCCUGUCAGUGUCCUGUUUCUGCGCGGUGACCCCGAAGACGAUCCAGAUCUAUAUCCAGUCAAACUACCCGGCGACGAUCCAGAGGGCAAAGAAAUCGUACGGACAACCACAUGGGAAUCGAGACAAAGCGCCUCUGACUCGCCUACAUCAAACGCUGGCUCCCCGUCCUCUAGCUCGGCCUCACAAGUUACGCCAAAGAGAAAGUUCUCGGACCUACAGCAUACCGCCAUCCAGGAGGAGGGCGAAAGCGAGUACGACAAUGAACCCUCUGGUUCCGCCUCGCGACCAACCAAGAUCGUGAAGACGGAAGCCGGCUCGGCCACCAAGCCGGAUCUCUUCGCAGUCGAUGUUGAUAGCAGCUAUCAGCCUCCCGUGGAAAGGCCUAUUCGACCAGUUGCAUGCUUCUACGUGCGUCAGAAAGACGCAGCCAAAGAAUACUACCGCGCGGUGUAUCUGAUGCAGCGAACAGUCAAAGACCUGAUCAAUAACAUAUCCAAUAAAUUCCAGAUCGAUCCUCACAGAGUAACGCAGGUCACACAUAUCAACUCCCGCGGACUCCACAUCAUCGUCGACGAAGAUGUCGUCAGAGAGCUCCCGGAGGGCCAGGAUAUGAUUGUCGAGUUCACACCGCUCGAAACCGAUCAGCCUGUGAAACACGAAUUCAUGGCACCUGCGGUUUCGAAAGGGAUGGUCGACAGCGAAAUGCCACACACGGAGUCGCUGAUAACGGAUCCACUGGAGAUGUGGUUAAACUACUGA